AUGGAUAAAUUGAAAAACCAAAACCCAAAAGAAAAUGACGACAGGGAGUGGGAUGCGGUCUCGGAUUGCGAGACCGUGUCCAGUGACGGAACUGCGGGAGACUUCACGGUCCCCCGCAGCAAGAAGGACCACAGGAUCGAGACCUUCCUCAAGAGGAAGGUGGACGACCUGGGGUCCUCUUCCGGUGGCCGCGGGGCCUUGGCCAAAAAGGCCGAUAGGAGGACCAUUCACGACAGGACCGCUGGGGCGCCUGGGGGCAACCAGAGCUCCUCCGAGGAUCACGCGUCUGCCUUGGGAUCCGAUCAGGAGCGGAGGGCGGACUUCGCAAAAACGGUGGAGUCCGCCUUCAGGCAGGUGGCCCUGAAAAAAAAGAAGGCCAGCCGCGACAGCGCAAUUGAGGCCGCUACCGCCUCCAUCACCGCCGCAACGGUGAGCAACUUCGGCCUGGCUUCCAAGAGCGAGCUGGCCAAGUUGCAGGAGCAGGUGGCUCGCCUCACGGCCGCCUUGGGGUCUCUCCAGGAGGAGAACAGAAGUCUCCGGGCGGACCUCACUAAGAUGCGCGAGCAGGAGGCGAAGCGCGGCGAGGCCGCCGCCAGGCAACAGGUGCAGACUGCGCCGGCUGAGAGCCAGAUCCUGGCCCUAGUCCGUCAGGAGAUGGCAGCCUUCCAGGCUCGCUUCUCCGUCCUGGAGGGCAAGGUUCUGCGCCCCCCCCCCUCGCGGCGUCGAAGCCCCCAGCGGCCCAAAGGACCUCUUAUGCGGCUGCGGCUGCAGCGGCACCCCCGCCCCCUGUCGCAGCGCCGAACGGACCGCCCAGCCAAAGCCCAAGGCCGCAACUGCGAUCCGGGCGCAGAGCACCCCGGGGCCAACAGGGCACCGGUGGUGGGGGAGAAGAAAAAGAGGCGGAACGCGGCCAAAGCGGCCAAAAAGAAGGCCCAAAAACGGCUGCGCAGGGAGCGAGCCGCCGCGGCGCAACUCCACGCCCCUAAGAUCGCGGCUGUAGUACUCACACUGCAGCCGGACACGGUCAAGAGGGGCGUUUCAUACCGCUACGUGCUUGCUAAAGCAAAGGAGGCGGUGAGCCUAACCAAGCUGGGCAUCACCGAGGACCUUCGGCUAAGGAUCUCCUACUACGGUCAGAAAGAAAGUCUUGCAUUGAUGGUAGCAAGCGUAACAAGGAUUGCAAUCAUUGCAUCUGUCACAAAGGAGUCGAAUUAUGUACACAAAUCCGUUGCUGGCACGACCAUCCAAUUUUUUAUAGGUCGUAGCUAUAUACACUUCACGGAGCCCGAAUGCGAGCACGGGGAGUCUUUACCAGCCCCCGAUGCUUGCAAUUUGUGCAUUUGUAUGAACAACCAUAUUCUGUGCACCGAAUACCCCUGCCUUGAACGAAAAGUUACAGGAAGGUCUGGUCAAUGUACCGAGGGUGACAGGUAUUACUUGGAGGACCGUUGCAACUUCUGUGUGUGCCAAGAAGGCAAAGAAUUCUGUACCGCAAGAGCUUGCCUGGUCGAUGUUGAGACAUCUCCAAAGGAUAAAUGUAAGGAAGGAGAAAUGACUAAAUCUAGUGAUGGCUGCAAUAUGUGUGUCUGUACUGAAGGAAUACUUAGUUGCACAGACUUUCAAUGUUCUAAAUCAAGACUAAGAAAAGACCCUUUAGAUACUGGUGGAUUCAAACCCUUUUCUUACUUAAAAUCUAAAGAAAAGGCAAAGUGCGUAGAAGGGAAAAUGUAUGUAAAUGAAGAAGAUGAUCCUCAUUGCCCUGAUACCUGCUUUUGUGACAAUGGCGAACUACUUUGCACUAAUAGGAAAUGUGAUUGGGGACAUGGAAAAGCACAAUUUCAAGAACCACCACCAAAAUCGUCAUUAUCUCCAAACAAUAUGACAAGUGACUUCGUGUCUUGCGUGGAUUAUGAAGAAAUGCCUGCUGACGAUGCUUGUUCUGUAUGCAUGUGCCUGAAUAACCGGAGGGUCUGCACUAAGGUGCAUUGUACUGAAAGCGAACCAAAUGUAGUUUCAUCCCGAUUGGCUGAUGUUGACAACCUUAUCCCGACAUCAAAAGCGUCGUUCGGGGCAUCUUGUGUGGAUUAUGAAGAAAUGCCUUCUAGCUUUGCUUGUACUUCAUGCAUAUGCCUCCAUAGCCGGAAAGUCUGCACUAAGACGCGUUGUCCUGAAAGUCACACACCCCAAUUGGCUGUCGAUGAAAACAAGGCUAAUCAAAAUCGGAAUGCAAAGAAUAAAGAAAUUUUCUGUGAGCCCUUCACAUUCUACAGUCCUGACAACAAUCGAUACUGCAGGAAUUGUUUCUGUUUGCAUAAUGGCUUAGCGCUGUGCUUACUGAACUUGUGCAAAUAUUCAAAAGAAGUCGAACAUAAAUCCCGAUUAUUCGAAUCAGGAUGUAUUCCGGGUGAGACCGUGAAUCCGAGCAAGUGUCUGACAUGCACUUGUUCUGAUCAAAACAAAUGGGUGUGCUACGGAAAGGCAUUGAGAGAGUGUCAAGAAAGGGAUUGCGAUGCAAAGGACGAAUUCCACAUGGGUUUCUUACCCUACUGCGCAGAGUGCCAAUGUUCGCUAAAAGAGUGGUUCUGUUCGAUAAAGCCUAGGACGUGUAAAGAUCACAGUAACGCCAAAUGUCCUAUGGGCACGCUCAUACAAAACCCGAACCAGCACUGCAGUGUAUGCCUUUGUGGAGGAACCGAACCAGGGUCCCAAAAUAUGUGCUUCACUGAAGUAAAAUGUGUCAAACAAGUCAUCAACCAUUUGAUUAACUAAUGCACA